AUGACGGAAGUAUCAUUCGCGAGAUCUUUUCUCGCAGCACUAGACGCUCGUCCGAUCAAGCUAUCAUCCGAACAUGUCGAGGAUCCUAAGAGCUAUGCUGCGCGCGGCGCUUAUAUACUUCCCAAAAUGCCGAAGGUUAUGAGCAAGCGCAAGGCCAGCACCGUAGCGCCGGGUCAGGAGCGCAGCCUCACCGUCCUCGUCAAAUCCCUCCGUAACCCGCCGUUAGACAUCAAGCUCUCAUCCCAGACGCCCAACACCUCUGUCUUAGACAUAAAGACCGCCGUAUCACAGGAUACAGGUAUACCUAUCGAGAAGAUGAAGCUGCUACACAAAAAGAAGCCGAUCGCCGAUAGCAAAGUGCUGAAGGACCUUGCGGGAGAGAGUGAGACAAGCAUCGAGUUCUCCGUCAUGGUUAUGGGAGGGGCCGCAGCUAUUAAGACAACAACUCCAGCGCAGUCUGACGUUGCGCAGGGUCAAAGCGGGAAUGAUGUAUUAGAUACCAAGGAAUUUUGGGACGAUCUUAGGGGAUUCCUGUUACAACGAAUACGAGACGAAAAGACAGCGGAUGAACUAACAAACACUUUUCAAAGCGCGUGGAAGGCGAAGGCAUAG